CUAGCCCAGGGCACAGCCUGGGGAUUGAAAUGCCCCAGGCGUUGUGGGGCACACAAAGCGCACGCGCAGCAGGUUGGGUAGCCUCAGCAUCAAGUAGCGGCGGUUUUGGCAGCAGCAUCCGCAAGAGGUGUGGACAGGUCCCGCCUGACCCCACCCUGGAAAGUCCUUUCGAAGAAAUGGCCCUGGUGAGGGGCGGCUGGCUGUGGAGACAGAGCUCCAUCCUCCGCCGCUGGAAGCGGAACUGGUUCGCCCUAUGGCUGGAUGGGACCCUGGGCUACUACCGCGACGAGACUGCGCAGGAUGAGGAGGACCGCGUGCUCAUCCAGUUCAAUGUCCGCGACAUAAAGAUUGGCCAAGAGUGCCAUGAUGUGCAGCCCCCAGAGGGCCGGAGCCGAGAUGGCCUGCUGACCGUGAACCUGCGGGAGGGCUCCCGUCUCCAUUUGUGUGCAGAGACCAAGGAUGAUGCCAUAGCAUGGAAGACGGCGCUGCUGGAGGCAAACUCCACCCCGGUGCGUGUCUACAGCCCGUACCAGGACUACUAUGAGGUGGUACACCCCAACGCACAUGAAGCCACAUAUAUCCGCAGCUACUACGGACCGCCCUAUGCAGGCCCCGGCGUGACGCACGUGGUAGUGCGGGAGGAUCCCUGCUACAGUGCUGGCGCUCCAUUGGCCAUGGGCAUGCUUGCCGGGGCUGCCACAGGUGCAGCCCUCGGCUCGCUCAUGUGGUCGCCCUGCUGGUUCUGACCCCUGAACUCAGAGCGUGGACCCUGCGCAUAGACCAACAAACCCCUGUUCUUACUUGACCCCACCCAUCGCUACUCUAAGCUCUGCCAUACUUUGGCUCCUUCUUCUCCAUUGGCCGCUUCUGGACUUGGAUCGUCCAUCCCACUCCCCAACACUAUACUGGAAGAAGCUAUCAUCCUAGGCGCAAACAUAGCUCAAAAUCCUUGUAUCUCCUGCCGACACCCCAGAAUUUUGUUAUAGACAUAUAUAUACUAGGUUUCCUGCAAAUAUACUAGGACAUAGAAAACACAGCUCAUGUGACUUCAAAGUCCCACUUGCUGGAGACAAUGGAGUCAGAUUCUUUCCUCCAGCUGCUCCAGGGUUUGUAGGAAAAACAGAAAUAAAUAAACACUUGACAAGGCAGACUUAUCCAUCCUUUGGCCCAUGAAGGUAAAAGCAGACGAAGGUAGGCUAGGAGUAGGGUUGUUGGCAAGAGUGCAGAGCAGUAAAUAUCAUGGCAUGUCCAAGGACUUAAGAGUUCAUUUACGCUGAGGUGAGGACUGGGAUCAGAUCAUGAUGGACCUCCAGGCUAAAGAGCUUGCUGGAUAAAGGCGAGAUGUAAGCUCUUUGAAGGGAAGUUUCAGGAUUGUGCCUAUAAUGAAUAUAUUGCCUGUUUUGCUAGUAUUGAUACAUACUCAAAUCCAAAACACUCUCUGAAGUUAGCCCCAUCCUUUCUACUAUCAGCUUCCUGGGUCCCUUGUUCUUUCAGUGCUCAGAAAACAUCUAUUCCCUAUGUUAGGCUGCCUGGGGCAGCAAUCGAGCUGAAGCUGGGGUCUCCUUGCUGGGGGGCAGAUGAGCUCUGUUUGGAACCUCCAGCCCUAGGAUGGUGCCUCCAUCAGGAAAUGCAUUUCUGGUCCCCAGGAACUUGGACCUGUCUCCAUAACUGUGGCUGUCAACCAUCUCAGGCUUUGUCUUUUCCUUCACUCUGGGGGAGAUGGCAGUAUUCACCUCUUGGGCCUGAUCCACUGGGAAGCCUCACACGUGCCUUCCUGUCAGGUGGCCCAGCAGUCUCUCCAUUUGGCUUGCUUCCAACUUCUUUUCCCAUUCUGUACUAAUAGAAGCGCUAACAUUCCUGGCCAGUAGCCAGAGUAGCCUGCUAAAGUUCCCUUGUAAACAGGGGCUCCAAUGGCCCUGCUGCAGAGACUAAUAAAGAUGUGAUUGGCUCUA